CAAAGACUCAGAUAGCCCUGCCCAUGGAUCCCUGUUUCGCCUUACUCGCGAUGAAACUCUUCACUACUAGCAGAGCAUUGCAGUGACACAAGGGGGACACCCAGCACCCUUAUGAGAAGGGGAUCCAGGUGUCACACUGACUGCAGCUGGACAAGUGGCAAGGACAGCCGUUGGUGACAUGCCUCGGUGCGUCACCCGUCCCACCCACUCCAGAUACCACUCAGAAGCCCCAAUAUGGUAUCCACAAUCCGAAAAACACAUAUAAAGUGCCGCGAUGGCCAGAAUGCGAGAACACAUUCACACUCCACGACUUACGACUGUUAACGAACGCGCGCAUACACACUCAGAACGCAGCCAGUCUCCACACCAACAUGUCCACCAGAAGAGUCCUCAUCAUCCUCUCAGACGCCGACUCGUACCCUGUGCACAAGCAGGACGGCUCUACCACUGACCAGGAAACUGGCGUCUUCCUGACCGAGCUCGCGAAGCCUCUCGAGAAGCUCCUCGAGGCCGGCUACGACGUCACGUUCGCCUCGCCAUCUGGCAAGCGUCCGAGCAUCGACCCGCUCUCGCAGUCGCUCAUGGUCUACUACGGCAACUGGCUCCGCCGGCGACACGAGAACGCGCUCUUCGACAAAAUGGCGCAGGAGAGCAACCUCGACAGCCCGCGCCCGUUCGCCUACGCGGGCGUGUUCGUCCCCGGCGGGCACGCGCCCAUCCGCGACCUCGGCGACAACCCCGAGCUCGGCCGCAUCAUGUGGCACUUCCACAACCUCCGCAAGCCGACGGCCGUGAUCUGCCACGGCCCGCUCGCCCUCGUGUCCACGAAGUAUGCACCGAACUCGCCCGGCUUCGCGUACGAGGGCUACCAGCUCACGUCGUGGUCCGACGCGGAGGAGCGCCUCGUCGAGCACAUGCAGGGCGGCGAGAUCCCCAAGGUCGAGUCCACGCUCGCUUCAGAAGGCGCGCAGAUGAUCUCGACGGCCGGGAAGAAGCUCGGCGGCAUCACGAUCGACAGGGAGGUCGUGUCCGGCGCGAACCCUAUGGCGGCGGACGCGCUGGGCUCGAAGUUCAUCGCGAUGUUGAGUGCAUGAGGGAUUGGUGGUUGCAAGGGGAAAUGAUAAUUGGAUGGAGUGUAGGUUAUGAAAGCGGAUCAAUCCAAUGAUACACACAGGAGAUGGAACUGCCUGCU